AUGACAAAGGCAGACAUCCGAGUACCGCAAGCUGCUGAGGAAUGCCAAGGAUUGCUGGCCACCACCAGAAAAGAUCAAGGAAGGGCAGCAUCUAUCAACAGGAUCGAAGCCGUGUGUGUGGGCGACAGCAUCGAGGCCUUCAUCCACUCCAUCGUCGGCUGCCGCCACUACGAGGUCGCCAAGAUGCUCCGCGAGCUGCCCAAGGCCCAGCCCUUCACCCUGCGCCUGGUGCAGCCCAAGAGAGCCUUCGACAUGAUCAGCCAGAGGAGCCGGAGCAGCAAAUGCCCCGUGGAAGCAAAAGUGACCAGCGGGCGGGAGACCCUGCGGCUCCGUUCUGGGGGGGCUGCCACAGUAGAGGAAGUGCCCAGUGAAUUUGAGGAGGAGGCCUCUCGGAAGGUGGAUGACCUCCUGGAGAGUUACAUGGGCAUUCGGGACCCAGAGCUGGCGUCCACCAUGGUGGAGACAUCCAAGAAGACAGUGAGCGUUCAGGAGUUUGCACGCCGUUUAGACUCCGUCUUGGGCGAGUUCGCCUUCCCGGACGAGUUUGUGGUGGAGGUGUGGGCCGCCAUCGGGGAGGCCAGGGAGGCCUGUGGCUAA